UAUUCCGCCAGAUUAUGUGAUAAUAAUCUUCUUUUAACAUUACUCAUGGGAUCUGGAUGGUUGCUCCGCUUUGUCAUCUGUCUAAGCAGACCGAAGAUAAACAAAUCAAAACGAGGCAACGUACUUUCUGAAACAUCAAACCGUGUCAAACCGGUUGGAUCAACCUCUGCUUCCACGAACCUCACCGCAGAGGUCGCUGUUAUUCGCAUUCAAAAGGCUUUUCGAGCAUUCAAGGCGAGGAAAAGACUAUGCAGCUUGAUGAGCGCGAGGAGGUUUAACUCGCUGAUCCAAGGCCAUACACUGAGGAACCAAACUUCGACUGCACUCAAAGUGAUGCAUUCUUGGUGCGAUAUACAGAGUCAGAUCAGAGAAAGACGUUUGUAUAUGGUGACACAAGGUAGACUCCAGCACAAAAGAUUGGAGAACCGGUUGAAGCUGGAGAUCAAGCUUCAAGAGCUAGAAGUUGAAUGGUGUGGAGGUUCUGAAACAAUGGAAGAUAUUCUAGCAAAGAUCCAACAGAAAGAAGAAGCGACGGUGAAGCGAGAACGAGCAAUGGCUUAUGCUUUCUCUCACCAGUGGAGGGCUAAUGCUACACAGUAUCUAGGUCAAGCUUCCUUUAACCUAGGUACAGAAAGCUGGGGAUGGAGUUGGAAAGAACGGUGGAUCGCGGCUCGACCUUGGGAGAUUAGGGCUCAAUGCCACGUUAGUAAACCGAUCAAACCAGCUAAGAAACCGGAGAAAUUACCACCCAAUGUGACAAAGACCAAACCUGGUUUGCCAACCACCAAGGAAGUAAAAAAAUUCAAAAAGCCUGGUUCCGGAUGAGUUCGAUUUUUACAUAUAAAAAUUGUCUCGUUUGAUUUCUUAAUGGAUUGUGUUUAUUAAAUUGGCGGUUUAUUUUUUGUAUACAACUCUUUUGAGUUUUUCUUA